GGGAAUCUGAGAAACAAUUAUUAAUCGAUGUCUGUACACGAUAAAUGAAUCUGGAAUACUUCUUAAGCUAAGAGGCGAUAAAUUGCCUAAUAACUUAUAACAUAUCAAUACUGAUUGAAACAAGUGGACAUUUUCCAUUCUCGGACAGAUGUCGAAGAUACUGUUUCUAAUUGCCUUUAUAGUGUACGCUACUGCGAUCAUCAAGGCUGAUAAGAAGAUAGUUUGUUACUAUGGUAGCUGGUCAGCUUAUCGUCGUGGACUUGGACAAUUCGAACCGACCGACAUAGAUCCAAAUCUAUGUACUCAUAUAAUCUAUACUUUCGUUGGUAUUUCUGAGGAUGGUAACGUUAGAAUAUUAGAUAGCUGGCUAGAUCUGCCAAACGGCCGAGAUGGUUAUGGAAAAUUCACCAGACUUCGUCAACUGAAUCCAGAAACUAAGGCUUUGAUAGCGAUAGGUGGUUGGAACGAAGGUUCCACGAAAUAUUCUAAUGUUGUAGCGAAUCCUAACGUACGUGCACGAUUCGUUCAGAACGUGAUUAGGUUUUUGAAAACGUAUGAUUUCGACGGUUUCGACUUCGAUUGGGAAUAUCCGAACCAGCGUGGCGGGAAACCAGCCGACAAAGAAAACUAUAUUGCAUUGUUGAAAGAAUUAAGAGAAGAAUUCGAUAAACAUGGUUACAUUCUCAGUGUGGCGGUCGCUGCUGCCGAAGUCUCGGCUUCUAAAUCUUACCUUAUUUCGCAAGUCUCACAAUAUCCUCACAUUAUUAAUUUAAUGGCAUACGACUUGAAUGGAUCGUGGAACAAUUUCGCAGCGAUUAACGCUCCUCUAUAUCCUUCCUCUGAGGAAUCAGGAGAGCAAGCUAAGCUCAAUGUGAAUUCGUCUGUUCAAUAUUGGCUUGCACAAGGUGCACCUGCUGACAAGCUCAUUCUUGGUGUUCCCGCUUACGGUAGAUCCUUUACCUUGUCGAGUUCCGCGUAUAAUACGAUAGGUUCUCCAACCAUUGGUCCUGGAAGGGCUGGUCCUUAUACGCAAGAAAGUGGCAUGCUUGGUUACAACGAAAUCUGCGAGUACAUUAAGCAGGGAUGGACCGUACAACGCGAGCCUGAACAACGUGUGCCUUAUGCUUUCAAAGACAACCAAUGGGUUGGAUACGACGACGUCAUAUCUCUUGAAGAGAAGGCCAAGUACGUUAUGUCCAAGGGACUUGGAGGUAUGAUGAUGUGGAGCGUCGAAACAGAUGACUUUCAUGGCACAUGUGGUGACAAAUAUCCGCUUUUGCACAGCAUAAACAGAGUACUGAGAGGAUAUAUUCCUCCUCCUUCUCCGACUUCUACUCCUACAAGAUUGCCUAAACCUGAUUCAUCAACUGUAACAAGACCAUUACCGACAUCAUCAACUACAGCACUGCCAUCAUCAACACCGUCUGACUCUAUAUGCACACAAGAAGGUUUUGUUCGAGAUCCAAAAGAUUGUUCAAUAUUUUACUAUUGUCAACAAGCAUACAACAAAUAUCUUAUUAAUAGAUUCCACUGCCCCUCUGGUCUUGUAUUUGAUACAUCGUUUAAUGGUUGCAAUUAUAGAUAUAAUGUACCUGAUUGUUAGAUUGAUACUAAUCGACCAAACGAGAUGUAUUUUGUAACAGAAUGUAAUAUUUUGUAUACGUAUCUACACAUACUGUAUUUAACACAUGCUGUACUGAAUUAUUUAAAAAAAUCUUAUUGUUCUUAUAUAAAAUUAAACUAAUGUCUAAUCAAUAUUAAAUCAAUAUAAAAUCUAAUCAAUACAAUUA